UGGUGGGAGGGAUGAGGCAGGGGAGAGUGCGUGGAAGGGAGGGAGAUUUAAUUUAAUCCUUAUUUAGUUAAGAGAUUAAGCGUAUUUCUGUUAUAUUUUGCUUUUGAUCGAGAUGGAGUUAGAUACAGAUAUCCAGCCUGUUCCGAAAGGAGGGUUCCAUUGCAACUUGUGUGAUGUCAGUGUACCAAACAGGACAAGCCUUCAGGACCACCUGAAGGGCCGUAAACAUCGGAACCUGUGCGCCGUCCGGGACACUCGCCGGACCCAGGUGGAGAACAGCGUGUUCGUCAGCGGGUUCCAAAAGGGGACGUCGCAGCAGCAGAUCAUGGAAUAUCUCCAACGCUUCGGACCCGUGUCCGAAGUCAUCAUGGAUAAGGACAAGGGUGUCUAUGCCAUCGUGGAGUUCAGCGACAAGCAGGGCCAGCAGGCAGCCCUGUCUCAGGCCCAGCACAGCAUGGAGGGCCAAAGGCUGCGCAUCAAGCAAAGGGAGAGCAAAGAGUUCAAGUUUGUCCCCAAACGGAAGCAGGACGUCACCAAGAGCCCCUCGAUGAGCCCCGAACUGCUGUCCCAUGCCCUCUGUCAGGCCAAUUCUGUGGCAGAGCAGAUGCAGAUGCUGGUGGACUUGUUUGAGCUGUCGGACAGCGAGCGCAGCACGAGAGAGCUUUUGAUUGCGCUGUUGCAGGAGGUCUUCAAUGAGUUCUUUCCAGAGUGUAAGAUCCUGGCCUUCGGCUCUUCUGUGAACACUUUUGAUAUUCAUUCCUGUGAUUUGGACCUCUUUCUGGAUCUGGAGAACACCAAGACCUUCCAAGCCAGAGCCAAGAACUCCACAGAGCAGGCUGGAGAGGGACAGUGGGAAGACGCACGCUCCGAGGACUCCAUCCUGUCGGACAUGGAUCUGGCCACGGCCUCUCCUGCGGAGGUCCUGGAUCUGGUGGCUACUGUGCUGCGGAAGUGUGUCCCUGGGGUGCACAAGGUGCAGGCGGUGAGCUCGGCGCGGUGCCCCGUCGUCAAGUUCACCCAUCGAGACCUGGGGCUGCAGGGAGACAUCUCCAUCAACAACAGGCUGGCUGUCAGAAACACCCGAUUCCUCCAGCUGUGCUGCUCACUGGACAAGAGGCUCAGGCCCCUGGUGUACACCAUCAGGUACUGGGCAAAGCAGAAGCAGCUGGCAGGAAACCCUUUCGGUGGAGGGCCCCUGCUCAAUAACUACGCCCUGACCCUGCUGGUGAUGUUCUUUCUUCAGAACCGGGAUCCCCCCGUUCUCCCGGCUGUCCGUCUCCUGAGCGCAGCCGCCGGCGAGGCCGACAAAUGCAUCACCGAAGGCUGGGAUUGCACUUUUCCUAAUGACCCCUCCAUGCUGCCUCCUAGCGAAAACACAGAGGAUCUCUGUUCCCUGUUGGCUUGCUUCUUCAACUUCUACAGCCAGUUUGACUUUGCUGGUUCCGUCAUCUCCCUGCGUGAAGGCCGGGCUCUCCCAAUCACGGGCUUCCUCAGUGCGGAGGAGGAAGCAGAGGGCUCCGCUGCCAGGGCUGGCCCCAGACUGGGACCCAUGACCGUGCUGGACCCCUUUGAGCUUUCCCACAACGUCGCGGGCAACCUGAACGAGCGCACCGAGAGGAGCUUCCGCCAGGAGUGCCAGGAGGCGGCCAAGUACUGCCGCAGCCUGCAGUACCAGCGCAAGUCCGCCAAGGGCAAGGUGUGGGGGGUUGUCCGGCUCUUCACGCCCCGCGGAGCUUCCGGAGGGGCCCCGGCGGGCAGCGGGGGGGGCGCCGGGAAGGACCUCGUCAUCAGCAUCCCCUUCCGACCGGCCUCGCUGCCCGAGGCUGUCCGCCACCAGCUGCAGGACGCCGGCGACCGCUUCCGCCAUCUGUGGUUCGGCAAAGUGUGCCAGGCUGUCGGGCGCGUGUUUGAGGGCGUGCUCGCGUGCGGCCUGCUCCGCUCCGGCGCGGAGGGAGCCAGGGGGGAAGAGGGGCCCUCCGGGGUGGGGGGCGGAAACGAAAUGCAGGUUAGUGACCCCGAGGUGGUAAAGCAGGACGCCCCCGCUGUCUGCAAAGAGGAAGAGGAGUGGGGAGAGGCGAGGAAGGGGGCUGCGAAUGGAACGGAGAUGAACAACAACAACGGCUGUGGAGAGACUUGUGUUUCUCCCCCCGGUAGUGACAGCAGCCCACACGCCAAAUGCCAGCAGGGCACCAAACGGCGGCUCCUUUCCCAGGAGGGCUCGCCGCCCCCGGGCACUGCCAAGAGGCCGCGCUGGGACCCUGCGGACGCGUUGGCGGUGCUGAACUGGCGCUGCCAGGUGUGGCACAAGGUCUGGGCCAGGCGCAGGAAAGUGCGGCGGGAGCUGCUGAAGAGCGGGCCGGGGGACGGGCAGCCAGAGGGGGGCGGCGUGGAGCUGGAGACCCAGGUGACGGAGCGCAUUGCGCUGGAGGAGGGGGGCGGGGCGCGGGGGGCGGCGGCAGCGCUGCUGGAGUUCGGGGUGGAGGUGGGGCUGCUGGGGGGCACGGAAGAUACGAGGGCUGUCCUCCGGUUCACCCCUGAGGAGGACGCCAGUGGCCUGUUCCAGGACUUGUUCCACUUCCUAGAGUCUUUCCUGCCCAGGAUGACGGAGAAGCUCCUGGAAAGGGCUGAGUAGAGGAAGAGAGGAGAGUGGAGAUGCGGCUAAGGUACGCCCCCUGGUGGAGAGGCAUGGGGGUGGGCAUUUUUGGCUGCAGGGGAUCCAGAUGUCCCUGUACCAAAGAUUUCACUGUUUGUAGGAGAAAUGGCAUUUUCUUCUGACUCUCCUUUUCCAUCCGUGAAAGAGAUAUGAUUAGAGUCCAUCUUUGUUCUCAAUAUUUCCAAACAACUGGAGUGGGAAAAAUUGAGCAGCUCUUGCUGAUACGUUGGAGGGUGUGGUUUAGAACUUGUCUAGCUGAGCCUUUUCACCUUGCAGUCAUGGUUUUUGUAAUUCCUUGUUUUUAGUGUUUUUAGGGGUGGUGUUUUUGUAUGCCUUAGGCCCAAAGCAUGCAUUUUUAUCCCAAUUCAUUUUUCGUAAAUAGGAAUAUUUGGAUAAUUUGUGCUGGUCUAGGGUUUUGCUGUCUGUUGAUCCCAAGACCGCUUAAACACUUCUGUUGAUCUCUACAAAUCUAUCUCCAGCAUGUGCCAAGGUAGUUUGUGAAGAGGUUACUACUUUCUCUGUCCCCAGCUCCUGUACCUGCCCUUAUCCCAGAUGUUACCUCUAGCACUGUUAUGCUCUCUGUGCAGAGCCUCAGCAAGGAUCUUGGAUUGUUAGGGUUUUUGUCCUUCUGAUCUUUAGGAUUCUUCUUCAACUCUGCCAUCUUGCAUAAAACAUUUUUGUAACUUGAUUGAAAUCUAUUUUUACAUGAAACUGUCAAUAAAUGGCACCAGUGUGUCUCGGGUUUUUA